AUGGCUGCGACUAUUGACUUUGAGCCAAAAUUUAUCACCUUUGAUUGUUAUGGCACAUUGACUAACUUCAGCGAGAUGGGCGGGCUCGCUCGCCAGAUAUUUUCUAACCGCAUUAAAGGUGACGAGAUGGACCAAUUUGUUCAUCUCUUCAGCGGAUACAGAUUCGAUGAGGUUUUGGGGCCCUACAAGUCAUACGACAAAGUUCUGUACAACGCCAUCAAGCGCACUUGCGAAAGGACUGGCAUCAGUUUUUCGAAGGAAGAAGCAGAAAGCUUCUAUAAGGCCGUCCCAACCUGGGGACCAUGGCCCGAUGUACCGGAGGGCCUCCGGCGACUAGCUACAAAAUACAAACUUGCUAUCCUGUCAAACACAACCAAUGAAAUAAUCAUGUCCAAUGUCGACAAGCUUGGCGCUCCCUUUCAAGCAGUCUUCACCGCACAGCAAGCCCAGAGCUACAAGCCGAGAAUGGCAGGAUUCGAAUAUAUGCUCGAUAAACUAGGUUGCAGGCCGGAGGAUGUUCUUCAUGUUUCAGCGAGUAUGGAAUACGAUAUUCAGACCGCGGACGCUAUGGGAAUCAAGCACAAAGUUUUUGUGAACCGGGGAAAGGCUGCUACAAAGGCUGAUUUUCACUACUACGAAGUUGAUGGGAUUGACACGCUAGCAACCGCACUGGGCCUGUAA